AUUUCACGGAUGUUGUAAAAGCCGGAAGUAGGUAGAGGACCUUAACGUGUAUAUAAAGCAGAAAGUUCUAUCACAUCAGAUGCCAUUUUCACAACAGCCCGGCAGAAUGAUAUUCGCUCUUUUGACUUGCGCCGUCAUGGCGUCUGUGGCAUAUGGUGGCAUUUCUGACAAGUGUUUGGGAUGCAUUUGUAGGGUAGAAUCAGGCUGUCGGCCUGUCGGCUGUAAGUGGGACGUCAGCUCAUACUCCUGUGGAUAUUUCCAAAUCAAAUACGACUACUGGCAGGACUGUGGCCGACCUGGAACUGGUUGGAAAGAAUGCGCCAAUGAUUACAACUGUGCCGCCGGAUGUGUGCGUGCCUACAUGAACCGCUACAUUGGUAGCAGUGGUUGUCCCGCCAACUGCGAGAGUUAUGCGAGAAUUCAUAAUGGCGGACCAAGAGGAUGUAGAAAUCCUAAUACCAUGUCCUACUGGAACCGUGUCCAGCAGCAAGGAUGUACGCCCUACAGCCAGAGUCUGGAAUUUGUUCCGCGGCGCUGGGCAUCGUAUAUCUCAUGGAAAUAUCUGUUCACGAAAAAGUAAAAAUAUGUACACUGUAUAUCUGAACAGAUAGGUUCAUUGCC